GAAGCAGCGAUGCAAAAAGUUCAUCGAUAAGGGGAAUUGCAUGCGACCGGCUGCGUUUGUCGUUCAGUGUUAUAAAGAAUGACGAUUCAGGUCUGAGGUUUGCGCCUGGUCACCGUGGCGACGGUUGCUCGAUCCUGUCAUCUUCGGCUUUUCUUUAGUUUACGUUACCUGCACCUCUGUUCAUGUUGUUAAAGUGAUUUCUUCUUUAUUCAUAAAUUUGUGAUGGCACAGGAGCUUACCUGUUUACGGUAUUUUCUCAUCGGCGGUGCUGUUGUCAUUGGUGUCUGCGGUGUCAUAGAGAGCAUUUGCGCCGGCUAUUUUAUAUAUCAAUUGUAUGAAUAUUCACCCCUCACCCCUAACAAUGUAUGUGGUUCAGCGAUAAUACUGUUGGCGAUGGGUCUGAUAACGUCUGUGAUAGCUUGGUGCGCUUGGCAAUUUCUAGAUUUUACAUAUAGGGGCCAAGUUACAAUUUUUUCCGUAGUACUAAUAAUUGUUACAAUUCUCAACACGGGUGCUGGAAUUUGGGCUCUUGUUAGACAUGAACAAGUGGAUCUAUUACCGAUUACGCAUCUCGAACGGGUCUUCGAAUCUGCUGUAUCGAACGAUAAGCCUCUUUGGGAUCGUAUGCAUUCGAAGUUACACUGUUGUGGGAUAAACGGACCUGCUGAUUAUCGCAGCCAAGAUGCAGUGCCCUGGUCUUGUUGCAAUACGACGUUAUUUACAAAUUCUAGCGAUAAUAAGGGCGUGUGUACUACAAUGUACGCACACGGUUGCCAGCAUGUAGUAAUAAAUCGAACUAGAUCGAUUCUUCUUUAUGUUUUUCUGCUUGCAUUGUGCACAGUAAUAUUACAGGUUUGCUACAUAACGUGUAUGUCUUGUUAUGUAAGAGCUUGCCGAGAAAGGAUGGAAAGAAGAAAGGAAAUGAUAAUCACUGCGCAAUCACUCGCGCGAGCAUCGAAAGAUCUAGGAGCAAACGAUACUCUUCUUAGUCAACAGACAAAGUAUUCCAAAGCAACGACAAAUGUUUGA